GAAAAGCAAACCAAAAUCCUCUCUCUUUCUCUUUCUCUUUCUCUGUCUAUCACCUCCGCUAUCAACGCCUACGCACCCAUCCCGGCGUUUUAAGAUGCGACAAUGACCCACACGACGCCGUCUCACCCACCGCAGCAGCCGCAGCAGCAGCCCCAGCCGCAGCCGCAGCCGCAGCCGCAGCCCCAGCCCCAGCCCCAGCCCCAGGCGCAGCCCCAGGCGCAGCUGAUCAGGAAGCUCAUUGUGGAGGUGAUCGACGCACGUGACCUGCUUCCCAAGGAUGGGCAGGGCAGCUCCAGCACUUACGUGGUGGCGGACUUCGACGGCCAGAAGAAGCGAACUUCCACCAAGUACCGGGACCUGAACCCCGCGUGGCAAGAGUCCCUCGAGUUCGUAGUCUCCGACCCGGAACAUAUGGACUCUGAGGAGCUCGAGAUCGAGGUCUUCAACGAUAAGAAGUACGGCGCCAACAGUGGCAGCGGCCGUAAAAACCACUUUCUCGGGAGAGUAAAGCUGUACGGGACCCAGUUCGCCAAGCGUGGCCACGAAGGAUUGGUGUACUUCCCCUUGGAGAAGAAGAGCGUGUUCAGCUGGAUUAGGGGAGAGAUUGGCCUAAGGAUUUACUACUACGACGAGUUGGUCGAGGAGGCUCCACCGCCAACGCAGGACCCUACUCCGACGGAGGAGCCUCCGCGGAAUCAGGAGAAGCCGGUAUUUAUGGUGGUUGAAGAAAACAGGGUGUUUGAGAUGCCGGCGCCAGAAGACGUUUGCCACCAGGCCUCGAACUCUCCACCGGUCGUGGUCAUCGAGCAGUCACCACCGCCGCAUAUGGUUCAUUUUCAUUCGGAGUUUCAGGCACAGCCGGAGGGACAUGUCCAGGGGCCCGAGGCACAUCAUGUCCAGGGGGCCGAGGCACAUCAUACGCCGGAGGUGAGGAAGAUGCAGAUGGGGGGCGUCGGAGGCGGUGAGAGGGUCCGGUUUGUGAAGAGGCCUAACGGAGAUUACGCUCCUAGAGUGAUCAAAGGAAAGUUGGCCACGGAUCCGACGGAAAGGGUACAUCCGUACGAUUUGGUAGAGCCAAUGCAGUUUUUAUUCGUACGGAUCGUGAAGGCGCGUGGGCUCGCGCCGAACCAGAGUCCGUAUGUGAAAAUCCGGACAUCGAGUGCCUACGUCAAAUCGAAGCCGGGGACUCACCGGCACGGAGAACCCACCGAUUCGCCCGAGUGGCACCAGGUCUUCGCGCUAGGGCUCAGCCGGCCAGACGCGGCGGGCGAGACCUUGGAAAUCUCCGUUUGGGACUCCCCGACGGAUCAAUACCUCGGCGGCGUCUGCUUGGACGUCUCCGACGUGCUCAGACGAGACCAGCCGGAUAGUCCAUUAGCUCCGUAUUGGUGUCGCCUCGAACGCGGCGCCGCCAGUCAGCAUCUCGGCAGAGUCUCCGGCGAGAUUCAAUUCUGCGUCUGGAUCGGUACUCAAGCCGACGACGCAUUUCCAGAGGCGUGGAGUUCCGACGCGCCGUACGUGUCGCACACGCGCUCGAAAGUUUACCAGUCCCCUAAGCUUUGGUACCUAAGAGUCACGGUAAUGGAAGCGCAAGACCUUAACAUUGCUCCGAAUCUACCUCCUUUGACUGCGCCAGAGAUUCGAGUGAAAGCGCAGUUAGGGUUUCAGUCCGUACGUACAAGGCGAGGGUCGAUGAGCAACCACAGUGCGUCGUUCCACUGGAACGAAGACCUCAUCUUCGUGGCCAGCGAGCCUUUGGAGGACUCCCUGAUCGUAUUCGUCGAGGACCGCACCACCAAGGAGACCGUACUCCUCGGCCACGUCAUUCUUCCCAUAAGCUCGAUUGAUCAACGGCUGGAUGAGCGCUACGUGGCUGCCAAAUGGUACGCACUGGAGAUUAGCGGAGGCGAUGGAGCUCCAUGUGUAUGUGGGCCAUCUGGCCCCUCCUACUGCGGGAGAAUCCUUCUGCGCCUUUGCUUGGAGGGCGGGUAUCACGUGCUCGACGAAGCGGCGCACGUGUGUAGCGAUUUUCGGCCCACUGCUAAGCAGCUCUGGAAGCCGGCUAUUGGGGUUCUGGAGCUUGGCAUCCUCGGUGCUCGAGGCUUGCUUCCCAUGAAAACCAAAGGCGCCCACAAAAGUUCCACGGACGCUUACUGUGUCGCCAAGUAUGGCAAGAAGUGGGUCCGCACUCGUACCAUCACGGACAGCUUUGAUCCACGUUGGAACGAGCAGUACACGUGGCAGGUCUACGAUCCCUGCACGGUUCUGACCAUAGGGGUCUUCGACAACUGGCGUAUGUUUGCUGAUGUGGCGGAAGACAAGCCAGACAACCGUAUCGGCAAGGUACGUAUACGGGUGUCUACGCUGGAGAGCAACAAGGUGUACACGAAUUCCUAUCCCUUGCUGGUUCUGCUACGAACCGGGCUGAAGAAAAUGGGAGAGAUAGAGCUGGCCGUCCGUUUCGCCUGCCCCUCCUUGUUGCCCGACACGUGCGCAGUGUACGGGCAACCAUUGCUUCCCAGAAUGCACUAUCUGCGCCCACUCGGUGUGGCCCAGCAGGAGGCGUUGCGUGGGGCUGCGACGAAGAUGGUGGCGGCGUGGCUUCAACGCUCCGAGCCACCGCUGGGGCACGAGGUGGUCCGGUACAUGUUGGACGCCGACUCGCAUACAUGGAGCAUGAGGAAGAGCAAGGCCAAUUGGUUUCGGAUCGUGGCGGUUCUCGCAUGGGCGGUGGGGUUGGCAAAAUGGUUGGACGAUAUCAGGAGGUGGAGGAACCCGGUCACAACAGUGCUGGUCCACGUGUUAUACUUGGUUCUUGUUUGGUACCCGGAUUUGAUUGUCCCCACCGGGUUUCUCUACGUGUUCUUGAUUGGAGUGUGGUAUUACCGGUUCAGACCCAAGAUUCCGGCGGGGAUGGAUACCCGGUUAUCGCAAUCGGAAACGGUUGACCCAGAUGAACUAGAGGAGGAAUUUGACACGAUACCAAGCUCAAAACCGCCGGAUAUAGUUAGGGCCCGGUACGAUCGGUUGAGGAUGUUGGCUGCACGGGUCCAAACAGUUUUGGGUGAUUUUGCAACCCAAGGUGAAAGGGUCCAAGCGUUGGUAAGCUGGAGGGACCCAAGGGCCACAAAAUUGUUCAUAGGAGUGUGUCUAGGGAUCACAGUCAUACUCUAUGCGGUGCCACCCAAAAUGGUAGCGGUGGCCUUAGGGUUUUACUAUCUCCGCCACCCCAUGUUCAGGGAUCCCAUGCCACCGGCCAGUUUAAAUUUCUUCAGAAGGCUUCCAAGCUUGUCAGACCGAUUAAUGUAGAGAUUAGGAGAGAAAAAUUUUUUAGCAAUUUUUUUAGGGACCGGAAUGUGGGUUUUGGUGGGAGAUAGGCGGCGAAGGCAAUCAAAAACUGCUCCGUCAGUGUUGAAAAGGAAAGUAGCAAGUUCUUUAUUAUUAUUAUUAUUAUUGUUAUUUUUAAUUUUUAAUAUUUGAAUUGAUUGACUAACUAUUGAGAGCUUGAAAUAAGAGAAAGGUGUGGGGGCAAAAGACAGUUUAGGAGGAAGAAAAAAUGAGUGCUAGAUUUGAAGGCAGUGACAGUUUUGCUGUAACCCUGUAAUGGUGUCGCGGAAAGUAUAACCAUCGAAUUGCUUUUUGAUAUAUGCAAUCGAACGGCGAUCUUUUCUUCAACUGUUCAUGUAUGUUGUUUGAUUCAUGUUAGAGUUUUUCCCUUAA